GAACGCUGGGACGAAAUGCUGCUUUCUGCUCUGCUGCGUGGAGCUUCGGGUUGAUUCGGGUGAUUCGGGUCUCAGGCUGUUCGUGGUCCUCAUGGCCAGCGGUUUCAGCCAGGACUCCAUAGCGGACUUCCUGAGGCAGAGAGGAGGCGCCGUCCCGAGCGCGGAGCUACUGCAGCAUUUUAAAGCCGCGUUCCCUCAAGAGCCGCACAGCAGGGCUGCUGUCCGCAGCGUCUUUAAGUCUUGUGUGGACAGCGUGGCAUUCGUGAAGACAGACAGCGGAGUCAAACAUGUCUGUCUGAAGAGACAGUUCCGUUACUGCGCUGCGUCCCCCUCACCUGACGACCAGGUGAGCCGCGAUGACGCAGCCGCGACGGCUCAGGUACAGCAGAAAUCAGCGCGCGACUCAGGUUACGGAAAUGACUGCAAGACAGUUCCGCAUAUUAUCGCUGCAGAGAGCUACCAGCGGGUCAAACCAGAGCAGGACUGUGGACAUCAGGACUUUGUUGGGGUUCUGGAUGAGGAGGCCAGCAGCUCAGCUCACAUGGGGAACUCUGGGAGCUUCAGGACGCAGAGGAAGGACUUCAGCAAGGAGAAGGUCGGGAAACUUGCCAUUCCACAAAUCACAGUGAUUCAGGCUUCGCCGCUCCCUGUGAACGGAUCUGUCUUCAUCCUGCCUGGGCCUGAGAGUUCUGCAGCUGCAGCUGACUUACACACUGAUUGGACGCCUGAGGGCCUGAAAGAGGAAGAGCAACAAGGUCCUGCCUCUCAGCAGAAGUUCCUGUCCACCAAGGAGGACUCUGAGGACAAGGAGGAUGAACGCAGCAGCUUGUCUGGCAGUGAGGACAGCUGCAGUCCCACGGGCAGCCGGAGGCACUUCAUCCAGGUGAUGAUGAACAGUUCUCCUGAAGUGAGGAAGAGUAUAGAACUCCGCAGCCCCGUCUGCCUCACCCCCAGGAGCGACGGUGACGCUGCCUCGGUGGGUUCCGGCAGCCUGGAUGUGGACAGGACCUCCGUGACCCUGGACCCUGUGGAACACGAGUGGAUGAUGUGCGCAUCGGAUGCGGAGUGGGACAGCCUCCACACCCUUCUCAGCAGCGAACCCAACCUGGUCCUGAAGAAGGACUUUGUCACUGGUUUCACCUGCCUGCACUGGGCUGCUAAGCACGGCAAGCAAGAGCUGAUCGCGCUGAUCAUCAACUUCGCCAAACAUCACAACCUUCCCAUUAGCGUGGAUGUUCGCUCCAACAUGGGCUACACGCCGCUGCACAUAGCUGCCAUCCACAACCACAUGGAGGUGCUGAAGCUCCUGGUGGGGGCUUACAACGCAGACGUGGAAAUCAGGGACUACAGCGGGAGGAAGGCCUGUCACUACCUCACCAACGUGAGUGUGGACAUUAGAGACAUCAUAGGAGCAAAUGAGCUCGCUGAAUCAAAAGGUGCAGAGCCUCAGGUUGGAGGACGCUGGAGGUUGUCCAAAGUCCUUCAGAACAACCUGAAACCCAUCCAUCGGCUCAGCCUCGGAGACAGCGAUCUUAUGGGCGGGGAGGACCAUCUCAGGAGCAAACCUGUCCGGAGGAGGUCUUCGCUUAGCAGGAUGAAGCCCAACCUGCAGAAGAUACGCCAGAGGGCGUCCCAGCUCGUUCACAGCACUUCUUUCCGGGAUAAACAGGGGCAGGAUGAAUCAGAGGAGAAACCCUCGAGGUCCAGACCUAAAACCCAUUUCCUAGGUUGAGCCCAAGUCUGCUACAUGAUGCUUCUGAUGGAUUUGGGUUAUUCGUAUUAGCAGGACUCUUUGAUUACUACCUUCAGUGGUGUCCCUCUCUCCCUGAUGUGUUUUUCAGCCAGCUGCCCAGCCGGCCAGCAAGCUGAAUGUAGGCUUCCCAUUUAUUCCUUGCAUACAACAAAAUCAUCUGCAUCUGAUUCAUCAUCUGAUUCAUCUGCAUAGUAAUAUUUCCAGGCGUGAAAAGCAGGAAGCACCACUCUUUAUGACAACUGACUGUAGACUUCAACAGAGCAGAUAGCCUGACUAAAUAAACAACUAUCAGCUACUUGUCUUACUUUAUGAAGAGCAGAAUACAUAAAUGAAACUCAGUCCUGUAGUUCUAUAUCAACUAGUUUCUGAUGGUAUUUUAAUGGGGAUUUUACUUUUUGUCCUAACUGGUUUUGCUUACAGUCCAAAGUUUAAGUGACCCAUAAGAAGCUGAAAAAACUAAUCCAGAUUAGCUCGCUGUGACAUUCUGACCCGGCUCUGAGUUGGCCUGCUUCCUUUUAUCCGUCCUCAGCUGACAGCCUCUGUGUGCAACCUGGAGCAGGAGCAUCGGGGCUAAUCUGGACUUCAUAGGGUUCAUUAGCUCUGACACGUUAGGUAACAUGAUUUUUCUGUGCCCCUGCACAUUUUGAACCUGAACUGACCAAAGUUAGGUCAGCCAAAGAAAAGUUGGUUCACAGCUAAUGCUUUAGGUCUAGAGAGGCUCAUAAUUAAGAAUGCUUGUUUACAGAAAUUAGUUUUAAAAAGUUGUAAGGUACAGGACACAGUGUUGGCUAAUGUACAGUGUCCUGUUUGGCUAGGGCUGGGCAAUAAAUCAUUGACAAUAUAAAUCAUGAUAAACAAAUCAACAGAAAAUACAUUCAACAGAAUAUUCCAAUAAUUUCAAUGAACUUCAAUUUAGAACCGCAGUGCAUUCUGGGCGAUGUGGGCAGAGGAAAGAUGCUUGCUGGCCAACUGCUCACCCAUUGGUAAGCUAGCAAACUUAUUUGCGCAGCAGCAGUUUGUUGUUUUGCCACUGUGCCUCUCGCCUGGCUUUUGGAUGUGAAUAGAUGAGAAUAUUUUUUAUUUGAACCUCCAUGGAAAAGUACAGACAGAAAGUAGUGAAAUAACCAUAGUUUAAAAUUUUUUAAGCAUUCCUGCAGCAUGAUUCCCCCACCACCUUGUUUCACUAUAGUGUAUCUAGAGCUAUGUGCAGGAUUAGUUUUUGUCCACUUCAAUGUUUUGCAUUUGGGCCAGAAAGUUCCAUUUUGUUCUCCUCAGACCAGAACACAUUCUUUCACAUGUUUGCAGCAAACUGCAGUCAGAAGUUCUGGGGACUUUGUUUUAUGCUGGAUUCCUCAUCAUUAUGGUGUUGUGAGACAAAAUGUGUCCUUCUCUGAGCUAACAGCUCCACUUGAACAAAUUCAUUAUUCACCAACAUGCUGCGUCAUGUCAGAUCAGCCUCGCCCUCCACUGCACCGACUUCUCAUUCCACAUACCAGCGACUCACCUGGAACUUUCCACAACCAGCCUUCAAAAACACAAUAUUUUCCGGCAGAAAGGACUUCCUCUAUUGUAGACAUUUUAACGCCACCUGUGACAAACUGGAUCAGACAUUUGGCCCUCAGGCUCAGGGUGUUUCUGAGUAAGGAUUUAAGGUUUCUGCUGCCCUCUCAAGCUUAUGUUUACAUGUUUUACAAUUAUGCUUAUAAGGGCUUAAUGUGUCUUUUUGGGAGCACAGAUAAAAAUAUCUACUUUA